AUGUUUUGGAUCAAUGACCCGAAGGUCCAGCAGGCCAUGAAGGACCAAGCGGCGAAGACCGGCAAGGACGCCAUGUCGAUGCUGCAGGAUCCUGAGGUGCAGAAGCAGAUCCUGGCCACCUGCCAGGAGAAGUUCCCGGCCUACGCUGCGGAGGCGCAGCAGAAGAUCUCGGCGUUUUGCAGAGAUCCCGAGGUGCAAGCCGCGGCGAAGAAGUACGCUUCCAUGGCGGGGGCGUACGUGGCCAAGGUUGGGAGCCAGGCCGGCAGCUUGCUGGUGGCCCAGAUCGAGCAGGGCCCGGCGGGCAUUCGCUUCUUGUGCUUCCUGGGCAGCUGUGGCUCGGUGGCCAACGGGGUGCUGAAGCUGAUCUCCAUCGCCCGGAUCAUGCACGAGCCGGUGAAGUAUGUGCUCUCCAUUUACCAGUUGGUCUUCAGCCUCACCACCAUGCUUUUUGAGGCGCCGCCGGAGUACAUCGCCAAGAUCCCGGGCCUGAACGAGUACCAGGACCUGCUUUUGGAGAAGUGCAAGUUCCUCUCUGAGACUCUUGGCCGGGGCGUGUUCUAUAUCUUCCAGGGCACGCUAUGGCUUUGCUUCGCUUCCCUGACGGACGUGCUGGAUCUGGCGGCGGGCUUCACGCUGGUGUGCUGCGGGGCGCUGAAUUUGCUCAUGCACUGCGGAGGCCUUGCCACGCUCACGGAGAAGGUGAAGAAGGAGAGCCUCGAGCUCGAUGCAGCCGACGAGGACCUUAGCCGCACCAACGAGCUGAUGACGACCUUCGGCGAGGCUCGCGACGAGACCUUUUCCUUCAUCAACGAGACGGUGCCAAAGGUGUUGGACACGCCGCUGCAGAGCUCCCCGACCUUUGAGGUAGAGAGUCAGAGGUCAGCUUUCGGGCACAAGGUCUUUAGCUUCUCGGGCGAGGAGCCCAGCAUCAAGAUGGAGAGUGGAUGGAGCUCUGGCAACCUGCAGGACCCGGCUCCGGCCUUCGCCGCGUACGAGUUUCAGAAGCCCGUAGGCGAGCGCCUGGUGAUGUCGUCGCCCUACAGCGAGCUGGCGCCCUUGAAGCCGACGUGUUCGGUUAAACCGAGGGAGCGCAAGGAGCCCUGCGAAGAGGAUUGCGACAAGGAGAAGUUCGGGGCGGAGGAGAAGGGCCCGAGAGAGGAGAAGGUCUGCGGGCUGGACCCGAAGCCCGCGUUACCAGCGGCUCUUGCCGCGUCCACGCUGAUGGGUGGGCUGUGCAUGAUGGUGCUUCAGAUCCCUUUGCUGAGUCAGAUCACCCACUGGCCCCGGAUGGUGCUCUCUGUGAGCUUUGCUCUGCUCUGUGCAGUGACCUUGGGGUGCAUGAUCUACUGCAUCUUCGCGGACCCGGGCCAGGCUCGGAAGACCCGGAACGCGCCCCACGCGUCUGACCUCGAGGAAGCGAAACCGACUCGCACGCACAAGUCCUGGCUCUACAGUCGGCCCAUCCGGCGCUAUGACCACUACUGCCGGUGGCUGAUGAAUGUCAUUGGCCUGCUGAACCACCGGGAGUUCUUCGUGAUGCUGCUUGGCCUGGCCUCCAUCGCGCUGCUGGGCCUGGUGGUGGACCUCUUCCUGGCGGUGGCCUUCCUCGCGAACCUCGCGGAAACGGGGGCGACCAAGACGAGCGCGGCGGCGCUGGGGGUGGGGCUGCAUUUGGCCUACUCAGUGGUGCUCAUGAGGUUCGAAGGCCCCAUUCUCCUGAUCCAUGUGGGGUUGAUCAGCCGGAACGAGACGGCCAACGAGUGGAAGAAGGACAUCUUCUACGUGGCAUACAACACGAAGCACGGAGACAAAGUGCCUGUUGAGGACUUGGACUCCGACGAACACAACGAGCUCUUUGACCGCCAAGCCUUCGUCUAUGACCCCACAAGGAACUCUUUCGACCGUGGCUGCCCGACCAACUGGUGGAACUUCUGGUGCAAACCUCGCUGGUCAGAGGCUGAGCAAGGGGAUUUCUGA